AUGUUGACCAACAUCGCCGCCCAUUCGACCCCGCGUUCCGGUAUGCUUCAAGCUCGCGCAUCCGGCGGCAGAAUCCUACGGCCUGCCACGACGACACUACAACUACAAUCGCCGCAUCAUGGCCAGCAGACUCGCGCCUUUCGCUUCGGCAUAUGGUCAUCUUACCUUGACCCCGAGGUCCAGAAAGACAUUCGUCGUCGUCAACGAAAGCUCAAGCACAAGUACGCCGAGUCGCUGGGCCGGAAGCUAAAGUGGGACCAGGACCACUUGGCCGAAGAUCCUCGAGCUAUACUCCGCCGCGUCGUGCACCGAUACAUGUACCCGUUUGAUAUUCACGGCAAGAGUACCCGCUUUGCUCACGUCGAUGGGAGCUAUGCAUGGUCGGGCAGAACAAGUGGAAGUGCCAAGAGAGAGAACCAUGGCCGUGUCUUUAGUUCAUCGCCAAAUUCCGCAUUCGGGGGCGACUUUGGAUCGUGGAAGACGGAGCUGGACGACAUGGUCAACUCAUGGACAAAGCAAAAGUCUGGAGCCACAAGCCGAGCCAAGUCUUCUUCCAAAACCAGUACAAACGCCUCCACCGUCAACACAAGUCAGGCUGAAGAAGAGUAUGUGAUUGACCCCAUUACCAAUCGCAAGGUCUUGAAGAAGAGCUAUGGCUCGAUGGAUUACACUCCAGCUUCUUCACCUGGGACAUUCAAAGCCUAUCGGUCUCAAUUCACUGCGUUCGCACCUCCUGGACUCGGUGACCAGCCGCAACGAGAGCCUGUGCACUCUAACGGCCCGCCUCCACUUGGGGAGCUCAACAAGUACAAUGACGUGGAGAUUGAACCUGAAUCUGCCGCACAGAACAGUGCCGUCUACAGUGAGGAAUAUUCAUUGAACCAUCUUCCCCCAGAGGAGGCUGCAGAAAUCCUGGAAGACGUGGAAAAGUAUGGCAAAUCCGAAUAUGACCAAGUCGAAUCUAUUUCGGAAUCACAAGCACAAAAGUACGACGAUCUUCACAAGUACAACCCGGCCCAGUAUGAUGCCAUACAGGAGAAGAGCGGCGAACCUAUUGACAAGUACAAAGACCUCCAUGAGUACAAGCCCUAUAGGUACAAUGAAUCAGCAUCCCUUGACGCGGCGCCAAAUCCAGAGUAUGAUGACUUACAUAAAUACAGGCCAUAUAUGCACGAGGAAAACGCUGCCAAGGCCGAAGCUCAACCCAAGUAUGAUGAUCUCGACAAGUACGAGAAAUUUGAAACCAGCGAGGAAGUCAGAGCCGAUGAAUCUGCUCCAAAGUAUGAGGAUUUGGACAAGUACGAAGCUUCAGAGUUCCUUGACCAGGUGAAACCCGAGGAAUCUGCGGCCGCAUACAAGGAUCUGGACAAGUACAAACAACCCUUUGUAUCUGUCGACGAUGAAGUCGUUGCCCUUAAAAGUGAUCGAUACAAUGACUUGCACGAAUAUCAACCCACCAAUUUUGAUGACCAUGUAUUUGACAAGAAGGAUCAGCCAUUUGAAAAAUAUGGCGACUUGAGCGCCUACAAAGCAUAUAGGCUCCAAGACCCUGACUCCAAGGCAAGCCUUGAGCAAGAUAUUGUCCAAGCAUGCCUCGAGGAGUUUGACAACAAAGCUGAAUCGAGGGAGACUCUCGAAAAGUCCUUGUCUGAUCACAUUGUGGCAUCCGACGCAGCCGAUCUGGAAGCGAUGGCCCAUGUGCAUCAAUCGCGCGAAAGAUCCAAGACUGCGAGUGCGCCAGGUUUUACAGGAAAUUUUGUUCGCGAUUUUCCUGAAGACUUUUCGAAUAAAUGGAAUGAAACGUCCAGUGGACUUCAGCGCGAGGUCAGCACUACUAAAGGGCUUGAUUCCGAUUACGAAAAACAAGUCCAAGCCAGCAUACAAAAUGCAGAGAGAAACUACUCCGAGGCACUUUCUCAGACGACCAACGCGUCUGUUUUAGAGACGGCUCUGGAUCGCCAAUCCAAGUCUCGGGCUCAGCCGGCCGCAGAGCGCAACAAGAGUUCGAUGAGCCGCCGACAGAGACCCAAGUCAGAUGCUGAUCCAUAUUCCAGACAACCACAAGGCUUAGAAACAAGCUUCAGAGAAGAAUGCGGUUACGAGUCGGCGGGGACACCCUUUGUAAGGAUGUACGGCAGCUCGCCAAAGGUCAAGACGCAAAAAGAAAUUCUAGCAUACGAUCCCACUAUGCAAAAUGUCAGCAUUGCCGAGACAACCUCGAUUGUACCCGAUCAGGCGACACCUCUCACCCCAGCCGAUGUCCUCCUUCGUCUCUCCAACCCAACAAAGUUUUUCCCACACUUUGCGCCACUUCAAGCCCAAGGCUUUGAAAUCGUUUCUGGAAGUGGAGAUGUCCUUGUUUUUCGCAAGACGAGGGACAUUGCAACAGCACAUGAGAGCAAUCCUCACCCCGUCAAUCCGAUUGAUAUGAUGGGCAAGCCGACGGUGCAUCCGAGUGCUGCCGCGUUUGCUUCUCCUACUGGAUUCAUCAAUUAUGAUGCUCCCACGACUGAGGAACAAUCACCUGCUUUCCGAUCAAAUAUUGACGUACGCCGGGAAGAACCAGUCUUUAGCGGACCAAAGGCAACGGCGCCGGGGAGCAAGCAAAUCCGAAAGAAGCGAAGCAUCACCAAGAGAGUCUUGAUUGGCGGUGUCUGGAUUGCUGGCUUGUCCUAUGCGCUUGGGGUCAUUGGCGAAUAUUUUGUGACUGGUGGAAUUGACGGCAAGGGUCCUACAGGUUUCUGA